CUUUUUCAGUGUAAAACCUCCGGUAACAGAGUCAGUUCACAGUGCGGCUCACUCUCUCAGCAAUGGCGUCCUCAAACGUGAAGGACACGCUCGGCGAGCUCGACAAGCAAUCCUUCACGGCUCUCCUCUCGAAGCUCAUCGGCGAGUCCAAGUUCGUCCAGAACAACCCCCCCGAUCUUAUCCCCGAGGAGGACCGGAUUGCCAAGCACGUCCUCGACUCCCUCCUCCCCUUCAGCACCACCACCGGCGGCGGCCCCCUCGUCCUCCGCCACGUCUCAUUCUUCGAGAACCGUGGCAAUGUCAUCGUCGAGUACCCCGGGUCCGUCCCCGGCAAGAUCCUCUCCUUCGUCGGGAUGCACAUGGACGUCGUCACCGCUGAUCCCAGCGAUUGGGACUUUGAUCCCUUCUCGAUGAGCAUCGACGGGGACAAGCUGCGGGGCCGGGGAACGACAGAUUGCUUGGGGCAUGUUGCCCUCGUGACAGAGCUCAUGAAGCGGCUUGGGGAGACCAAGCCGAAACUAAAGUCAACUGUAGUUGCUGUCUUCAUCGCUAACGAAGAGAAUUCUGCCAUUACAGGCGUCGGAGUGGAUGCCCUCGUGAACGAAGGCAUGCUUAGUGAGCUGAAGAAGGGUCCAUUAUUUUGGAUUGAUACCGCAGAUAAACAGCCUUGCAUUGGUACCGGUGGUAUGAUUCCUUGGAGGCUCAGAGUUACAGGAAAGUUAUUCCACAGUGGUUUGCCACAUAAGGCUAUUAAUCCUUUGGAGCUGGCUAUGGAAGCACUUAAAGAAAUUCAGUCUCGGUUUUACCGGGAUUUUCCACCUCAUUCAAAAGAAAAGAUCUAUGGGUUUGCUACCCCAUCAACCAUGAAACCGACCCAAUGGAGCUAUCCAGGAGGGGGAAUCAAUCAAGUUCCUGCUGAAUGUACCGUUUGUGGAGACGUCAGGUUGACACCCUUCUACGACGUAAAAGAUGUCAUCAAGAAGCUAUACGAAUACGUGGACGACAUAAAUAAAAACAUAGAGAAAUUAGAUACUCGAGGUCCUGUGUCAAAGUAUGUCUUACCCGAAGAAAACCUCAGAGGAAGACUUCGUAUAACUUUCGAUGAGGCAAAUUCAGGAAUAGCCUGUAAUCUCGAUUCUCGUGGCUACCACGUACUCUGCAAGGCCACUGAGGAAGCUGUGGGCCAUGUGAAGCCUUACUCUAUCACUGGAAGCCUGCCUCUCAUCCGAGAAUUGCAGGAUGAAGGCUUCGAUGUGCAAACUGCUGGCUACGGUCUAAUGGCAACUUAUCAUGCCAAGAAUGAGUAUUGCCUUCUCUCAGAUAUGUGCCAAGGUUACAAGGUGUUCGUGAACAUCAUUGCCCAAUUAGAAGAUUGAUGCUCCUCUUGCAGAUGUUGGUAUUUCAAAUUACAGCACCAAAGUACAAUAUAGACAGUAAAGAAUGAUUUCAAGUGUUUCACGUUAACAUGAACUGGCAGGUCUUUUUGCUUGACAAUAAUAAUGCAGAAAUCUUAUCCCUUCUUGUGUC